AUGCAACUCGUCGUGUCGGUCGUGCUCACAGUUCUCUCGGCCGUCGCCGUGCGCGAUACGAUGGCUCAUGGCCACUUGGUCGCGCCGCCCGUUCAGUUUGUCGAUCCCAACAGCGACCCGACGCGCUUCUGUGCCACCCUCGACGGCCCAUCAUUGCUGCCUGGUGACACGUACAACAAGAGCCCCGGCGACAACACGGCCGCGUUCACAACGCACUUCAAGGCCAGUCGCUUCAAGACUCUGAAAGACCUCAUCGAGUCGCAGCCGUCGGGCGGCGAGUGCGGCAUCACCAAGCUCGACCCGUCCAAACCCCAAGCGCUCCCGAGUGUCGUCCGAUGGCGCCACGGCGACAACGAAGGCUUUACGCCGUCGCACGAGGUACUUGCUUUGUGUGGUGGUUAG